UUUAAGUAGAGAAAUUCUUCGCAAUGGAAAAAAGAAGUAUUACCGGAAAGGAUAUCCUGAGAAUGGAUGGUCUUUUACCACCAACACGACGUCUGCCUGUCUGUGAUGCAGUAACUUCAUCCGACAAGAAAAAGGAGAAAAAGUGGUCGCUAGGUGGAAUCUUAAAACGAAUAUCUUCAAUACGUGAUUAUGACAGUUCCUCUAAUGAUGAAGAAAUGGUAUAUUGUACAAGACAACCGAGGCCUCAUUCAGUGUUUAAUAGAAAGUCACAUAGUGUUACUCUUCAUCCGGUUAAAAGAAAUACGGAUAAACAUUUAAGUAAGGGUAGUUCAAGCAAUAGUACUGUUGCUACUUCGGUAGACACAACAGAUCUACAAAGGAAUUCUAUGCAUUCUCGUAGUAGUGAAGGAUCAUUGGAUAGAGUGAGCAAAAAGUUACGUAAAAGUGUACUCAAGGCAAGAAUAGAAGCAAAAAGAGAUCGCAUUUGUGCAGAUAGUAGUUCAGAUGAUGAUUCUCGUAUAUCUUGUAAUUCCUUGACGAGAAUUCAAAAUGAAUCCUCCACACAAUACACACAGAAAAGCAAUUCUUGUAAUAGAAAAAGUCGUACUGCGCGUACAGAACGUUAUAUAAAACGUUUGUCAAAAGAUGAGGGUCACAGAUUUUCAGAAAAUCCGAAUAAUGUUAGUAAAAGUAGCAGCCUCGACCUUGCGGAUGCAAAUCAGUCACUGGAUAUUGAUCCAACUAAUUUAUUUCAAUCUCAAGUACAACCACGUCCUAUUAUGCACCCUAAUAGUUACACCUUUCCAGUGCAAAGAUCUGGAGAAAAUGUACAAUUAGCAGCAUGCAGCUAUCAAACAAAGUCGUCUACUGAUAUUACAAAGUAUCCCCCGAACCGGUACAUUACAGAUUUAAAUCAAAAUAAUACAUAUGCAAAGCCACAUGUUUUGCACAAAGAUAAGAAUUACACGAAUCAUGCAGAAUGUAAUUAUUUUUCAACUUCCCCUGCAACUAACAAUGACUAUGCAAAACCUUAUGAUUAUGUAAGGAAUGCUCAGUCUGUAUACAGAAGUUCCUGUCCACCAGAACCUCCACCAAGGGAUCCACGAUGUAAAGUGUUUGCCUAUGGUUGUAACUCGUUUCCACAUAGCGGUAAAUAUCGAAUACCAAGGUACAAUGAAUCUCAACACACGAAUGUAUACGAGUCUCAUGCAACAUCAAGAGACCAUUUAAAAGGCUUAAGAUCAUAUGACUCGAAUAACGAAAUUAGAUGGUGUGGUUCAACUAGACAUUGCCCACGGCGUCCAUUGUCUUUAACAGUAAUGCCAACGGAAUCGUGUAAUUUGUCGGAAUGUACAAACAACAGACACAAGUCAAUGGGCAGACAUGUCGAUGAAAUGAUGUUCCUUGAAACAGAAGCAAUGAAAUGUGAACGAAGAAACAAUCGCAACGAGCAGCUCAACUUACGAUUUAACGAUCCCGAUCCUAAAAAGGACGAAAACAAACUUUCCCCGACUUCUGCACAAAAUAUAUACAAUAAUUCAGCAUUUACUCGUAAUAAAACUUUAGACUCUCCGGGAGUAAAAUCUCCUUCCGAACAAACUGUACACGAACGUUCCUAUCAUUCGCCGAACAAUACACUUGUACAAAAUCCAAGAAUAGAGAAAAGGAAGGAGAAACAAUCAACCGUAAGUGAGCAAGAUGUUCUGGAAAAGAGGAGAAGCUCGAAAAAUCUGGAAGAAGCACUGUCUGAACUGGAAGCAAUAUACAACAGUUUGUGUCUCGGAGACGAAGAUCUUCUUGAUCGGGCAGAAAGACGUAGCAUGGAGGAAUUCAGUCUACGACGCGGUAGAACCGAUGACGCUGUUUCGUUAGACUUGGUGGAUUCGCCGGAUAGGUCGAAAGACGAUAUGGCAUAUAGACGAAUGCACCCGAAGGAGAGACCUGCAUCGUUGUCGGAAGUGAUCGGGCAAUCAGCACUCUCUAAUAUCAGCUACCUGAUGGCCUCUCCAAUCUUGUCACGCAAAGACGCGGCCGACAAUUAUCCGUACGCCUCGAAUUAUCCAGUCCGUAAAGACGUACCGGAUGUGCAACGCGAUGACGUUGUUUACCGUAGCAUACAUUACGCGAACAACACAUUGAAGGUAGCUGAUCCGCAACCACCAUUUGGAAUUCCUCUGGGGCCAGUAACUGCCGCCACAGAAAGCGACUAUCUGCACACCACACCGACCAGGCCAGAUCAUCCUCGCUCGUCGUACAUACCGCAGUGCGAGCCUGACAUUGUUACAGACGACUUGGCCUAUAGAACCCUCCGGAAGGAUGCCAACACGGGUAAAAGUGCCGCUGAAAGUAAGAGCGGCGUUGCGAAAGAUCAGGAAACCACUUUUGGUAUCAAGAAGAAACGAGCGGUUAGGUCUUUGUCCGCCAAUCUAUACGGUCUGAUCAAUCACGAUCGAAUUCAUCUUCGACGGGAGCCCAGUCUUCAAGAAAUCAAGGACGAAACUAGUAACGGAGUGAUCGAUAUUAAAUCACUUCCGGCAAGAUCUAAUUGUUUCAGGCGCGUGGUCAGCGACGGUGAACUGUCCGAUUACGAUACUCGAUGGCGCACCGAAAGCUCGUUGAAAAACAAGAAAACUGACAUAAACGGUAAUCAUCCUAUCUCGAAUAUAAGUCGUAAGAAACUGCGUGUCUAUGUUUCACCGUCCACGAAGAUACAGAGUUUUGACAAGGCGAGCGAGGAAGACACGGGUGCGCAGAACUCUGCGACGUCGAACGGCAUACUAUCCCAGGCAUUGAACAAUGACUUUUGGCAGGAUUGCUUGCAGACAAAAUUGAACGAGUCGUCCACUAAUGACACCGAAUCUGAUUUCACCGCUUAUAGUAAUUUGUGCCAAGAUUUAGUUAAUUUAAUCGAGGGAGAGAACAAAGUGGAAAUUGAACCGAGUAAAGAAACAGCUGAUUUUAAUUCAGAGGAAGCAACGGCAGUAAAGAAUCUAGAUGAUACCAAUAAAACGGAUGACUCCUCGGUAUUACAUAUUCAGACCUUGGGUAGUCAAUAUUCGGAACACAGCGAGAAGAAUUACGAGGAAAUCACCGAGAAUGGAGACGUCGAAAGACUGACAGAAUCUGUCGCUAAUCCUGAGAAUGAAGAUCUCGAGAAGACUGACGAUAAUGCAUUCGACUUGUAUCUGCGUGUCGCAGACGAAAAUGUUAAACUAAUUGCGGAGGCGUUUAGUAGCGUGGCGGAUCGCUUACGUGAUAGUCGUGUAAGCCAAAAGAAUUCGCUGACGUCGCAACGUUCUGAAAUAGAAACGGAUAGUACGGCGCCUAAUACUAGCACUCGUAGCUCCGUCACCUACAGUCCGGACGACGUGAACGACGGUUUGUGUUACUCGUCAAAGUUUACCGACGUAUCACACGCAGUUCCUAAAGAAAAUACACCGGUAAACAUAGUAUGGGACCCCGAAGAGGUUGAGUCAGAGGUGGCAAAAAAUAACUCUGAUAUCGAUCCAGAAUUGGAUCUGUCCAAAGCUGUACAUGAUUUACAGUUAGCAGCAGCGAGUCUGUGCGAGCACAAGAAGGAAAUAGAAGAAUUAGAGGCAUUAUGGAAAAAGGAUGCAAACGAUGUUCCUUGUACCGCUCCAGUUGCAAUCACAGAGAAUAGGCCGUUGUUAACCCCUGAAAAAACUUGUUCGUUAGAAAAUGAAGACGGGCAACUAGAAUGCGAUCAAGAGGAAUCUGUAAUAUCGACUGAUGUUAAGUCGUGGACUGAUGAACAUGACCCAGAAUGCGAAGGUGAGAGCACAGAAUGCAAAAAUAUUUGUGGACCGCACGACAACGAGAUUGCUCGUUCGACCGGAAUGCGUGUUUCGUAUGUCACUAACCUCAUAACUGUUAUGAUAACCACAUAUUCUAUGGUUUUGCUGGCUUGUUUCCUUGCACUGCUUUUAGCGACCGUAGCAGCAUUAUGAUCGGCCCAUUAACGGCAGUGCCUUAACGCAUAUUGCGAAUUAGAAAGGUUUGAUACGAAGAGGCGUUAUUGUUCUGAGGCUAUUAUUAUUUUGAAUCAUGUUACUAAUGUCGUAGGUCUCCCGGCACUUGAUCAUUCAUGAUGUGAACCAUUCUAGACGAGUGUAUAAACUAACCGAUAUACGACGUUGUCGACCGACAUGCGGCGGAACAAUUGAAUUUGUUUAAAGUCGAGUUUCUAUGGACUGUUUCAGAAGGAAUGGUGU